AUUUAUCACAAGGAAAUGGUAAAGGAUAUAUGCCAGGAGCUGGUUCUGAAUCAUGAAGCUAUAAAGGAGGUGUGUAGCUGCCUUCAGGAAGAGAUCAACAGGGGCCUUGGAAAGGACUCCAAUCCCGAGGCCACAAUAAAAUGCUUCCCUACUUAUGUGAGAGAACUUCCAAAUGGCAAAGAGAAUGGAAGGUUCUUGGCACUGGAUCUUGGAGGCACCAAUUUCAGGGUCCUCUUGAUUGAGUUGGGAGCCAAGUGUACCAUGGACAGCAGGAUCUAUGCCGUACCUCAACCCAUCAUGGUGGGACCUGGAGAUGGGCUCUUUGACCACAUAGCUGAAUGUUUAGCAAGUUUCAUCAAGGAGCGAGAUCUGGGGACUGAGCUACUUCCUCUGGGCUUCACAUUCAGCUUCCCAUGCAAGCAGGAAGGUCUGACCAAGGCACGUCUUGCUUGCUGGACCAAGGGAUUCAAAUGUCCGGGUGUUGAAGGCAGGGACGUUGUGGAGCUACUCAAGCAAGCCAUUGCUAGACGAGGGGAUGUGAGGAUCAAAAUUUGUGCAGUGCUGAAUGACACCACCGGCACUCUCAUGUCCUGUGCCUGGAAGAACCACAACUGCCGCAUUGGUCUCAUUGUGGGUACAGGAACCAAUGCUUGCUACAUGGAGAAACUUGAGAAGGUGGAACUCUGGGAUGGCAGCACAGAUGAACCACCUCAGGUGAUCAUCAACACUGAAUGGGGUGCGUUUGGAGACAAUGGCUGCUUAGACUUUGUUCGCACAGAGUAUGACAAUACUAUUGACCGGGAAUCAAUCAAUCCAGGAAGGCAGCUGUAUGAGAAGAUGAUCAGUGGGAUGUACAUGGGGGAGAUUGCCAGGCAGGUCCUUGUCCGUCUGGUGUCUGAUGGACUACUCUUUGGAGGAUAUGCUUCAGAUAUUCUUCUUGAGAAAGGCUCAUUUUUCACCAAAUACAUAUCUGAAAUAGAGAGUGACAAACCUGAUGACUUCAACAACUGCCGUGCCAUCUUGGAAGAGUUAGGAUUCAAUGAUGCCACUGAUGCCGAUUGUGCCAAUGUCCGCCACGUCUGUGAAUGUGUCUCCAGGCGGGCAGCAAGCUUGGCUGCUGCAGGUGUUGCUGUGCUCCUUAACCGCAUAAAUGAAGAAAGUGUAACUGUGGCAGUGGAUGGCUCAGUGUAUCGUUUCCACCCACAUUUCCACAAUCUCAUGGUAGAACAAAUUUCACACCUCAUCAAACCUGGAAUUAAGUUUGAUCUCAUGCUGUCUGAGGACGGCAGUGGACGUGGUGCUGCCCUAGUGGCUGCUGUUGCCUCCAGAUCUGCUAGCAUGAGAUAGAAUGGCAAGUAGGUUAUGAUUUUGUGAAAUUGUCAAUAGUGUACACUCACUGCAUCUGGUAAUUGUAUGAGUUAGACCAGAUUUGUAUGAAAAUGCAAGUUGCAGGCAUAAUUGUAGAAUAUUAUAGAAGUUUUACUUCAAAAUCUCAGCUGAAGAGAGGAAAUAAUUAGGACUCAGCCAUUGUCAGACUUUUGGUUUAACAGUUUUAUUAAAUUCAAUCAUUAUUAUUGAGAAGGGAAAAGACACUGAAUCCUUGUCAUUAUGUAUGGUGGUAAAGUUAUGUAGAAAAAUGACAGCGUGAUGCCAAUUAGUUGGAAUCAGCCUAGCAUUGUCAAUUUUAUUAGUUUUGUCUGGAAUUUGACAUUUUGUACAUAAUUCAGCUAUGAGGUUGAAUGACAAGUUGCAGCUUAUGAGAGUAAUAUGACUACAUAAUUUAAGAAUAGUUAUGCAAAAUGUCUAGAAUAUAUUUUUAUGCAAUCACUGAAUUGGGGUUUGGAUCUUCACAUUAUAUUGUCCUGAUAAGUUAUGGUUAAAUGAGUGGAAGUAAUACCUUGUUCAACCAUUUACUUUCGAGGUCAGUGACAUAGUACUGUAAAGACUAAUUUCUCUUUAGUAACAAAAUGGCUGUGUACAUCUGAAAAAAUAAUCAACCUAAAGGUAUGGGGAUGAAUGAACUGUCUAAAAACUUUGCUUGGAAUAGAGCCAAGGAUCAAACCAAUAAGCACUACCUGAAAUGGCAGCCCACCUUAUUACAUUCAGGUUUGUACACAUACCUCACUAUUGUCAAUUUUUGUCGUAAUGUUAACCUGUCGUGGUUACAGCAUCAUUGUGCUUUUAAAUGAGUUUUAUCAUAAUCCAUCAACUCUUACCUACCACAAGAUCCCUAUGAAUCUUAUUCUAGUUUUUAAUUGAUGGUAAUUUUUAUAUGGAGAGUGCCACAACCACCCUUUUCUGUUAAUUUUUUAAACCAUGUUACUUGUCAGUCUUAUUGCUACAAAAAAAGGGUGAAUCUUUGAACUAUAUGUCUCCCAUAGGCCAUUGACAGAGUCUCUCAUACCUUUGACAGGCUACAGAGGAACUCCGUCCAGCAAUAUGCCACUGGCUGGCUAUGUGUGGCCUUCAGCAUCCCUGGUGGAUUGCUAAGGGAAGGUGGUUAAUAAGAUCUCAGCCAGGCUGUAGCCUAUUAUGUUUGUGUUCGUUUCUUACACAGUCUCUGGACCAGUGUAGCAAAGAAACUUGUCAUCUAAUCAUCUGGAGUUUGAAAACCAUCACAUUUUUUGCAAGCUUAUUUUCAGGCUUUUCCUUCUCUAUUAAGCUUCCUACACACUUUUUAUUUUGAGGUUCAUUAUUCUACUGAAAUUAUUACUGUUAUGAAAGGUACUACCUUGAAAUAGUAACAACAUAAUAUUAUUGGUGCUCAAGAGAAAAGAAAAUGGUGGUGGUGGAUCCUAAUUACCCAAAAUACUGGUUUUCGAUAAUUUAGGCUGACUACAUUUCUGGCUACAUUGGAUCAUCAGAAUGGAAUAUGGAAUGUAGAUUUUUUAGAUGGUUGGUAUUCAGGUAAUUGGCAUUAUGCUGUGUGUUCCUGAUUUUUAACCAAGUUUCUUUUAUAUUGUAGAGUCUCUCUAUUUUUCCAAUAUAUGCAUGAAAGACUUGUAAAUUCGCUGUUCAAAAUGCAAUUGAUAUUGUGUACUUAAAGUUACAGCAAGUUGAGUAAAUUUGUGUGUGUGUGUGUGUGUGUGUGUGUGUGUGUGUGUGUGUGUGUGUGUGUGUGUGUGUGUGUGUGUGUGUGUGUGUGUGUGUGUAAGCAAGCCUAUUGUCAAGUGGCAACAUUAUAGUAUAGAGCAAAAGUUUAUCCCAACAGCAUUUUAGCAAAAUUAUUCUGUAAGUGUAUGUGUAUACCACUUUGCUACUGCCUACAAUACAUGAACAGUCAUGACUUCUGCUACUGAUCCAAGAUCAUGGAUGAGAUGCAGAAAUUAUGACAGUAAUUAAUGGCUAACCUAAAUAUGGUUAAUUAUUUAGUUAAGCCACUUAGUGAAAUGGAUGCUAAAUGUUAUCAUGUUAUCAGAACAAGAACUAUGUAAAUCAUAAUUUGUGAUGUACAGUAGUUGUUAUUCCAUUUAUGUGGCAAAUCUAAUUUUGAACCAGUCUUGAAAGGCUUGUUUCAAGAAAUUUAGAAGUUCUUAGUUUUGAAUCCCCUUUGCUGUCAUAAUUAAGUUUGUACUGAGUGGUGUACACUUACAGAAAUAUCAUGCAAAGCAGUGCAAAUUGUGCAAAUAUCACAUGUCAAUGUGAAAUUACAAACUGGUUUUAUCAUUAACUCAUCAACACAAGACUAUAUAGAAUAUCUUUUUUUUUUUAUAUCAACCUGCUUCUUCCUGCACAUGUGAGAUGGCAUCCAAGAAUAGUGAAAAGUAGAGAAAAUACUUCCUGGAAAAAUUUCCAGGUUCAAAGACUAAAUAAUUAUAUAUAAGAAAAAUACAGAGACUCUUUAUUUUCAAGUUUGUACAUCAUGUAAAAACUGAGACCUGCUGAUGCUUUACAAUAUUUCUGUUCUUUUUAGUAUAUAUUUUAGUUACUGAAGUUUCUAAAUUAUUUGUGUAACACACACACACACACACACACACACACACGAGAAUUGCAAUUAUAUGAGAUGUUAGUUUUCUCCAGCUGGUCCUUGCGUGAUAUGAUUAAUAACUUCUGAGAAUUAUUUGACAUUUUCCAAUUAACCAAUAAUUAAUAUUAAGAAGUACAUAGCUGUUAUACUCACUCAAAACAACACAUACAUUGUUUGUACAUUAAUUGAUUAGCAGCUAUUUGAAACCUGAUCACUUUUUUUUUUUUUUGACUGUGCAGAAGGUUGAAAACACUGAAUUCACAAUACUGCCCAACCUUUUGCACUUAGCAGACAUAUUAUAAUUCAAACACAAAUUAAUUCAAACACAAAUAGAAUUUAUGCUACACUUAAGCAAACAAAAAACUAUGUCCAGAUGGUUGUGUGAAUGCAGACUGAAUGGUAUAAGUUAGGAAGUGUGUGGUGAAGUAUGAAAUAGCUAUCCUGCAAUUUACCUCCUAUUUUUUAUUUAAAACUCUAUUGACCAAUUUUGAGAUCUGAUUUGUAUAGCAAAAAUUUCCUUAUAAUACUUUAUUGACAAUAAUUUUCUCAGAUUUUGACAGCUCAUACAGUGCAACUUUCUCAUAUAUAUAUAUAUAUAUAUAUAUAUAUAUAUAUAUAUAUAUAUAUAUAUAUAUAUAUAUAUAUAUAUAUAUAUAUAUAUAUAUAUAUAUAUGACACACACACACACACACACACAUGCACAUACAUAUUUGCAGAGAUACAAACACAAUUUACAAUCAAUGCAAUGGAAGUAAAUUGUGUCUUGUUUUAAAAGAAUAGUUGCCAGUGUUAGUUGAAGCCAGUGCUGAUGUUCUGAGCUGAUAGUAAGGCUGGUUUAGAAGCAAAACAUAUUCAGUGUAUUUGUGAUAUAUAGGAUAAACAUUUGGUUGUUUUAAGGUAGAUAUUUCUCUUAAGUUGCUGAAAUACAUGUGCUAAGUAAAAUGCUGCAACUUCAUUUUGGUUCCAUACCUCUUACUGCAUUAUAUCACUUUUCACUUGGGAGUCUGUAUGGUUUCCUCACAACUAGUGCUGGCAUAAUCAAUGCCACAAUUAUUAAUUUGCCAAAAUAGGAUUGGGAUAAUUCUCAGUUCUCAGAUAUAACCCAUAAAAAUAGUUUUCUUAUAAAAACAUUUUUAUUACACACGAUCUAUUGAAAAUGAAGAUACCUGUUGAAAGCAAAAUAAUUUUAAAUGAAUAUUUAUAAUGUCUAAAUAAGAAAUGCUUGUCAUAAAUUAUUAUGAAAUUUAAAAGUUUAUGCAUAUAUAAAUAUGGACCAGAUUUAUGUUCCAGAAAUAAUGUUGAACUAUGUAUAAAUUAUAUGAUAUUUUGUUGAUAAUGAAAGAAAGGUUUAAUAGUCUCUCACAAGGCAUUGUACCUUUUAAAAUGGGUUGUCUCAAAAAGGAAUAACGGUUGCUUUCCAAGAAGUUGUGAAACCUUUGGAGAUUUAGCAAGAAACAAUGUUUAUAUUAAUUUAAUUUGAAACAGAUGUUUUAUAGUUUUACUUUACUUUCAUACUAAAGGCAUAUUCUUAGCCAAUAUUAGUAUAUAAUAUGACAUUUUCAAACUUUUGACAAUUGUAGAUAAUUUGCCCAAGUAUCCAUAUAUGUUGGCAUAGUUUGUUAAUAACAAAUGGUAUGACAAGAUAUGCAACAAAUAGGUUUAUGACAAAUUGGUAAAUAUUUUAUGUAAAUAUUCUGGUUUAUUUUACUGAUUUUAAUAGUUUAUCAAUAUACAUUUAAACACUUCUGGAUAGGGAUCAUAUUUUUGAAAAACUGCAUACCUUUGUUGACUUGCAUGUCAACCUCUUGUUUAUGCCAUAAGGUCUAGUUUCAAGGCUGUGAUCUAGUUUGAAAAUAAGUAAAUUAAAUUAAUGAAAAAUCCUCAACCUUUACCUCUUGUAUUAUAGAACACAUAUACAAGCUCUGUUCAAAAACUAUUUGACUUGGCUAAGCUUCCAAUUUGAAUCUCCUAGGAAGUAGGCCACUUGUGACUCCCACAUGUUAAGCACAGCAGUCUUUCUCUUCUCAGAAAUAUUUAUGGAAAUCCUGUUUUGCUACAAACUGUACCAUCUCAUCCAUCACAGAGCCCUCUUGUCUCUUAAAUCAGGACCCUUUUAACAGUUCAAGUUAGCAUCGGUGACUUUUCUCUUCACCAGCCCUGCUUUCUUUGGCCUUGAGGUUGCUGGAACCUUCUACUAUGCUAACUAAGCCCCAGCUUCAUACUGUGUAUCCAAAAAUUAUCAAUUGAACAUUGAUUAUGUUCUUCAAGAAAUUAAGAUCACUAUUAUUGCACUCUCAUGUCCACCAUGACAUCAAGGUGGAGUUCUUACUGCUAAUGCAGAAGCAGAUUAAGAUCUUUAGUGUUUUUGUCACAACUUUUGUUUCUGGGUUCUAUGUAUUAUGAAUGAUCCAAGAAAAAAUAAUCAAAUUUUUUGAACAGAUCUUGUAUAUGUUAUUAAAGUGGUAAGCAACAUGUUUGUCAGUUAUGUUUGAUUUAGCUCAACAAUGUUGCUUGGUUAUCUAACUUUAAAUUGCUGUUUGCAUCACAGUCUCAGUGCUGCUCAAGUGCACCAAAAUCUUGAAAUACUAAAUCACAUACAGCACAUGGAAGCUUUUAGGUCUCUAAGAACAAACUCAACUGAUGAUGCCGUCAGUAUUCAGUAAACUCCUUUAAUAUUAUUUAUUUUAUUAUUGUAGAAAAAGUACUUUUCACAUUGGAAUUUUUCUUAAAAAUUGAGUAGGUUUAAACUUACUUGAAACUACAAAAAGUUAAAUUUAAAAGAUGGUUGGCUAAAUUUAUAAGAAGUAAAGAAAGUGAUCAGGUAAUUACCAUUACAAUGCAGAAUGUUCAAAAUGAUUAAUUCUACACUUAGAACCCUGAAACUGCACCAGUCUUAAUAGUACUGCAUCAUUACACUUAUCAGAUAUUUGCAAUCAUUUACCAACAGGUUGCUUGAAACCAAAGUAAAAAAUUCUCAGAUGUGAUUUGUCUUCUAAAAUCAGAGAUGCAAAUUUUCUCUACACCUUUGCUGAAUUAAUGCAAAGAAAUACAUUUCUUCCAUGUAAUAUGAAGGCAAACAAAAAUUAGUAACCAAUGCACAUCUGGUAACUCUUAAAUUAUCUCUUAUUUCUCCAAUUCUUGGAUGUACCAUUAUAUAUCACUCAAAAAAAAAAAAAAAAAAAAAAAGAAAGAAAAGUAUUAUUAAGUUUUAUUGUAUGUCAAAAGCUGCCAAAAAACACAAGACCUUCAUCAUAAUCUCAUGUUGGGAAUUUAGAUCUGUACAUUCAGUAACUGAUAAUGAAAGUAAGAAAUGUUUUUUUUCUCCCAAAAAUGUGGAGUUAUUGUAAAAGUAAUGUUGAAUUUUUUAAAUUUAAUUAUAACUAUGCAUGCAUUAAUAAUAUACCAUUAAAAUUGUAUGUAUGUGUAAUACUUCAAAGUAUAAGCAUUGAAUGUUAAUGAUGUAUUUUUAUAGAUAUUUUUAAUAUAUUUUUCAAUGUACUGAGAAAAUGGAAUACUUUUGGGACAUAUUAAUUGAAGCAUCUUCCACAGCAAUGAUGAAUCCACCAAUGAUGAAUCCACCAAUCAGGCAAACAUGUUUAUACAUUGCUCAAGUUAAAUAUUCUCCUUCCAAAAGUAUACCAAGUGCUUGGUCAUUUCUUUUUUUCAACUCUUGGUAUAUAAAGAAAAUGGAGAACUCAACCAUACAGGUAGGUUUUUAUAAAAUACUGGUUUUGCUCCACCUAACAGUGAUGUCAACCACAUCAAUCACAUAAGUACAUGAGCCAGUGUGUAGAACUCAGUUGAAUGAUAAGAGAAAUAUUACUGGUCAGUUAUUAGUGUUGCUAUGAACUUGUCUAACUGAAGCACAGCUGACAUACUCAUCACUGCUUUGAAAGAUGCUUCAACUGUAAUUUUUAAAACAUUUUGUUCUAGUUUUCAAAGUGUCUGGAUACUAGCACAGAAAUUACAGGGGAUGGCAGAAAAUGGGUUUCUUUUUAUAUCUCUCUUACAUAUAUGAAAAAUAUUUAACAAUUUGCUUAAAGCAAUGAAAUGUAUUAUUUCACUAUUACAAGAAACUGGAAUGAACACAAAGCACAAAUUAGUCAUUAUAUUGUGCAGUCUUGUGACAUUGCAUUAUCAUUUGUGGACACAAUUUUUUUUUUUUUUUUUUUUUUUUUUUAUGUGUGAAUCUCAAUAUUAUUAAUUUGAUGUAUCAGCAUUUUUUUUUUUUUUUUUUUUUUUUUUCUUAUGAAACAUAAUUUAUUUUGUCAAAAUGGCUGCUAAGUAUUUGAGUGAUCAUAGUUUAAGUAGGACCUUGAGGGUAGUAAUCUGAGGAGAUGAAUUACUUUGAAUUUAAGUUUGCCUGUGAGGUAAAAGAAUAAUGGUAAAUAAUGUAUCAAAAUUAUUUCUCUUGUUGUAUGAACAAUGGAGCAGUUGGUUAUGUACUUUGAUUUUUGUAGAAAAAUGUUGUAUAUACUAUACAUAUAAAUAUAUAUAUAUUA